GCAGAGGAGCUGAAGCGUCAGAUGGCGGCGCUGGAGCAGUCUCAGUCGCAGUUGUCGUCGGUGCAGACGCAGCUGGAGCAGGCGCAGACGGAGCUGGAGCAGGCGCGCGCCGAGAUGGAGACCAUCAAAGCCGUCGCCACCGUGUCCGAGAACACCAAACAGGAAGCCAUCGACCAGGUCCGGCAGCAGUGGCAGGAGGAGGUGGCGUCUCUGCAGGCCAUCAUGAAAGACACCGUGCGGGAGUACGAGGUCCAGUUCCACCAGCGUCUGGAGCAGGAGCGCGCUCAGUGGAACCAGUACAGAGAGGCCAUGGAGCGGGAGGUGGGCGACCUGAGGAGGAGGCUCAGCGGGGGGCAGGAGGAGGAGAACCUGGAGGAGGAGAUGAAGAAGGCUCAGGAGGACGCAGACAAGCUUCGCUCGGUGGUGAUGCCGAUGGAGCAGGAGAUCGCAGCUCUGAAGAUCAGACUGAGCUCCUCUGAGGAGAGGGUCAAGGAGCUGGAAGCCUCCAAGGUGAAGGAGCUGAACCACGUCCUGGAGGCGGAGAAGUCGUGUCGGACGGACCUGGAGAUGUACGUGGCUGUGCUCAACACCCAGAAGUCUGUGCUGCAGGAGGACGCCGAGAAGAUGAGACGAGAGCUCCACGAAGUGUGUCAUAAGCUGGAGCUGGAGCGGCAGCAGCAUAAUCAGCUGAAGCACACGUGGCAAAGGGCCAAUGAUCAGUUCCUGGAGUCUCAGCGUCUCCUCAUGAGGGACAUGCAGAGGAUCGAGAGCGUCCUGUCCUCAGAGCAGCUGCGCCAGGUGGAGGAGAUGAAGAAGAAGGACCAGGAGGAGGACGAGAAGCAGAGGCUGAGUCUGGUGAAGGAGCAGCACGAGGACGACACGGCGGACAUGACGGAGCCCACGGAGGAGCUGUUUCUGAGCGUGGAGGAGUCUCAGGUGAACCUCAGUGCCCACGGGUCCCUGCACUCGCUGGACACAGACGUGGGGACGCCCGUGGACCCGUACAAGGACAGUCUGAGGAGGGUCCAGUCCACGGACAGUCUGGGCUCGUCCGCGUCGCCGCCGCAGCAGCAGCAGCAGCAGGGUCUGGGCGGACACAACCACAAAGCCAAGUCCGCCGGCCACCUGGACGAGUCGGACUUCGGCCCCCUGGUGGGCGCGGACGGCGUGGCGGACGGCGGCUUCGGCGACGCCUCCUCCCUCAGCUCCAUCAAACUGACCGCCAGCCACUUCCUCCUGACCAAAGACCAGGAGAAGGCCAUCAAAGCCAUGACGCCGGAGCAGGAGGAGACGGCCUCGCUGCUCUCCAGUAUCUCCCAGGCCCCGGACACGGCCUACCUGCCCCCCGCCGGGUACAGGCUGGUCAGCGACAGCGAGUGGAACCUUCUGCAGCAGGAGCUGAAGAACGCCGGGCGAAAACUGGGACGCAGGUGUGAACUCUGCUCCAACUACGAGAAGCAGCUCCAGGCCAUUCAGGGUCAAGAGGCGGACACACGAGACCAGGUGAAGAAGCUGCAGCAGAUGCUCCGACAGGCCAACGACCAGCUGGAGAGGACCAUGACGGAGAAACAGAACCUGGAGGAGUCCAUCAAACUGGGCAACGAGGAGACCACAGCUAAGGUGGCGGCGUUGACUCAGAGGGUGCAGGAGUCGGAGUCUCUGCUCGGGGCUCUGCAGGACGCCUUCAGUGACGCCAAACGCAGCACGCAGGAGCAGAUGAGUGCGCUGGUGCAGUCCCGGGAGCAGCUGGUGGAGGAGCUGAGUCGCCUCCACCGAGACAACGAGAAUCUCCAGGGCAAAAGACGCCUCCACACGGAGCUGCAGCAGCAAGAGGACUUCAGCAUGCCCACCUCCGUCAGUGACCUGCAGGACCUGGUGGUGUGUCUCCGCGAGGACCUGGUGACCCUCAGGGCUGCGGCGGAUCAUCUGGAGGAGAAGCUGAAGGCGGAGAUCCUGUUCCUGAAGGAGCAGAUCCAGGCCGAGCAGUGCCUCAAGGACAACCUGGAGGACACGCUGCAGCUGGAGAUCGAGGGCUACAAGGAGGAGAUGGCUUCGUUCUCGAGCAUAAAGUCGGAGCUGGAGCGAGUCAAGGCCGAGAAGGAGCAGUUACAGAACAGUGUGACUGAGAGGACUGAGGCUCUGGAGACUCUGCAGAACCUGAAGAACAACCUGGAACAACAGAUCUCUGAGCUCACCUCCACCAAGGCGGCGCUGGAGACUCAGGUGUCGGAGGAAAAGGCCAAAGCCCAGAGGCUCCAGACGGAGCUGGACGUGAGCGAGCAGGUCCAGAAGGACUUCGUCAAACUCUCUCAGACGCUGCAGGUCCAGUUGGAGAGAAUACGACAGGCCGAGUCUUUGGACCGAAUCAAAGUCAUCCUCAACGACACCAACCUGACGGACAUCAACCAGCUCCCGGAGACAUGAUGGCCCCGCCCCCCUCGCCGCCGUCUACCACUGCAACGCCGACUAACAGGCCCCGCCCCCUCGCCGCCACCACCGCCGCCGCCGCAAAGGGACGGGGGCCGACGGCGGGACGAGCACACGGGCGCCGCGGGGCCGGAGGGACUCGACUCAUGUACAUAAGACGGACAGAGGACGGACGCCUUUCUACUGUAGUUAGCGCAACCAAAAACAAAACCGUUUUUUUUUUUUCCAGCACUUUGUCGGGGUGUUUGUGCGCGGCUUCUAACACCCCCCCCCUCGCUCUCGCCCCCUGCUGUUCCCCCCGGGUUUUACACGACGCUCCACUUCACACAAAAGGCUCAUUUAUGCUCCGCGUUCGUCCUCUCGUGCUUCUGUCUCAGGUCGAGUUUGUCGAAUCUGAGGAACGGAGCAGAACCUGAACCGACCACCAGGGGGCAGGAGUGAACACAGUGUCGUAGUGAGAACUUAAAGGGCUUAUUUUACCCUAGUUUUUGAACUAUAAGAGGCUCCGGAGUUUAAGUCGCAGCAGCCGAAAAAUGUGUAAUGAAAACGAAAAAAAAACAUAUAAGUGUCACUUUUGUAUUUAAUAAAAUGAGAGGAGCCGACGUUUCCUGUUAGAAUUCCUCCAGUUAGAAUUAUUCGGGCUUUUCUGAAUCCGUGUUUCAUUCGUUUAUUCAUUUUUCAAAAUAAAACUAAGAAUAAGAAAACGAAAAAACAAAUAUUUUCUUCAUUAUUUGUCUCCAAAACCAAAAUGAAAAAAAAAAACUGAAAAUGAUUCCUUUUUGUCAGUUUUCGAUUUUGUGUUUAAAUGAAAAAUGGGAAAAACAGAUAAUGGACUGAACCAGGUCCGAGACCGGAACCAGACCAAGACUGAGAUCAGGACUUAGACCAGGACUGAAAACGGUUUAGUCCUGGUUCAGUCUGUUAUCUCAGUUUCAUGUAAACAGGAAAUGGCUGAAUCUGUGUGUCGUUCGUUCAUUCGUUUUUCAAAAUAAAACCAAAAAUAAGAAAACGAAACAACAAAUAUUUUCUUCAUUAUUUUUCUCCAAAACCAAAAUGAAAAAAAA